AUCUAUAAGUUAGUAUUCAUAAUAGAAAUCUGCUUUAGAACGAUCCUUGAGUUGACCAUCUUCAUGAUUAUACAGAAAGGCGAAAAUUCGAUUACUCAUUAAAUGUCAUUAUUCAAUGCAGAAAUCAUACAUAAUGAUUAUUAUUAUUAUUUAAAAAUAAAAGAAAAAAGAAAGAAGGAUUAUUUAUUUAAUUAAAUAAAUCAUUCAAUUGAAUAUCUCAGCUUGAUUUAAUAAGAAUUUUUGUGUAUGAAAAAUAUUGAAUAAAUAAAUGAAUAUAAGUUCUCUUCAUUGAAUUUGAUUAUCACUGUCAUUUAUUCUUAUUUUGUUUAUUGACAAAGAUAACCUAUAAAAGCAUAAGUAUUUAUUAAUGCAUUUAUUUUAAAAAAUGCAGUUAAAAGAAAUAUAAUUUUUGGUUAAUAGAAAUUAUUGAUGUGUUUUAUCAUUGAUGUAAUUUUUUCAAAAUUGAAUAAAGGAAAAUUAGUUAUGUUUGAUGAGAUUCAUCACAUACGAUAGAUAUGAAUUCGUCAAGAAGAAUUUUUUUUUUUUUUUUUGCAAAUUCAUAUUUAACAAAAAAAAACUCUUAUUUCUUCUAUUAUAAUUGAAGUAAAAUUUAAUGUUCAUUUCAAAACGCUAAAAUAUGUUUUAGUGACAUCUUUUUUGUAAUGAUUGAUAGUUUUUAUUAUAAAAAUCUUCUAUUUGUAUCAUUUAUUGAUUUUCUUAAAAUCUUUUUUUUUCUCGAUAUUUCUUGUUUAGACAUAUUGAUUUAUCAAAUAAAAAAGAUGAACAAAUUAAAUCUUUACAAAUGAAAUUAGUGGAAUAUAGAAAUGUUGAACUUAUUUAUAAAGGUCUUGCAAGUAGUUUUAAAUCUGAUUUACAAAAAAUGAUUGGAUCUUGUCAAACAAUACAAGAUAAAGGUUGUGUUAUAGAAGAAUUAGUACGUUAUAAUGUUAUUUUAAAAGAAGAACAUAAAGAAAAUAAUGAUUAUUAUGUUCGUCCAUUAAUACAAAAUCAAAAUAAUUAUCAACGAACAUUUAAUAAAUUUGGUGGUCAUACAAUAUCAAUAAAUCGACGUAUAAAUAAUACAACAUUUAAAACAAAAACAAAAUCAAAAUCAACUAAAUUAAAAAAUAAUCAUAAAAUUACAAGAUUUUUUGAUUUAAAUUAA